GAGGACCCCUCUGUGCCAACUCCACUCUCAUCCUCUCUCUCUCUCUCUCUCUGCCUUUUACCCUAAAAAGGGGUGUUCCUUCCCUUCAUAAGGCCCUCUCCUGCGGCACUCUUUUCAGCUGAGUGUAGAGAGAGAGAGAGAGAAACAAAGGAUUGUGUGGCUCUAUAGUGGUUUUGUUGUUAUUUCUAGAGAUUGUCAUUUCUUUCUUUUAACAAUUUUCGUAAAAGAAACUCAAAACACAAAGACCCCAUCAAUAAUCUGAACAAAAAGAUUGGUUCUUGUGAAUUUGGAGCGAGAGUUGGUUGGGUUUUGUUUUUGAGGUAUUGCAAUGGCACCCAGUUUUGACUGUGUUUCGAGUCUCCUUUGCUCAGAGGACAGCACCGUUUUCGACGAGAGUCAUUAUGGGGGUACGAUGAUGGGGGUGUGCGAGGACACGUGGCGUUCCUGGAGGCACCGCUUCGAUGAACCGGAUGAGUUGCCAUUGCUGAGUGAUGAGUGCUUGGCGAUGAUGGUGGAAAGAGAGUGCCAACUCUGGCCUGGUUUGCGAUACUUCAAUAAGCUUCAGACUGGAAAUUUGGACUGUGGUGCCAGAAAGGAGGCCAUUGAUUGGAUUCACAAGGUCCGAUCGCAUUUCGGUUUUGGUCCUCUCUGUGGAUAUCUAUCUAUAAAUUACUUGGAUCGAUUCCUUUCUGCAUAUGAAUUACCCAAGGGAAGAGUUUGGACAAUGCAAUUGUUGGCUGUGGCGUGUUUAACUCUUGCAGCCAAAGUGGAUGAGACAGAAGUCCCAGUGUCUCUUGAUUUACAGGUGGGUGAAUCAAAGUUUGUAUUUGAGGCUAAGACCAUCCAGAGAAUGGAGCUUCUAGUACUAACCACAUUGAAGUGGAGAAUGCAAGCAAUCACUCCUUUCACCUUCCUUGAUUACUUCCUUUGCAAGAUCAAUGGUGAUCAGAGUCCAUUGAAGUCUGCAAUCAUGCGAUCUAUCCAACUAAUAUCAAGCACUGCAAUAGGAAUUGACUUCUUGGAAUUCAAACCAUCAGAGAUUGCUGCAGCAGUGGCCAUGAAUGUCAUGGGGGAAACCCAAACAGUUGACACAGGGAAAGCAAUUUCUGUGCUGAUUCAACACGUAGAAAAGGAGAGACUAUUGAAGUGCAUUAAAAUGAUGCAAGAGUUGUCAUCAAACAGUGGGACUGCGAAGGAUUCAAGUGAUUCUGUGACUUGCCUACCCCAAAGCCCAAUAGGUGUGCUAGAUGCAUUGUGCUUCAGCCACAAAAGUGAUGACACAAAUGCUGCUUCAUGUGCUAACUCUUCACAUAGUACUCCUGAUGCUAAAAGGAGGAAGUUAAACAAAACCUGUGGAGCAGAGCUAUUGUAGGGAUGUGGACUGUGAAGUUUUCCAUCAUCCAUAGGAUGCUUUUCCAAAAAAUGGACAUUAUGUGUGUUUUAUGGAAGGUGCCCCCAUCAAAGCAAUACCAAAAUGAGGCAGCAAGACAUAGCUACAAAUAAAUUAUUUUUUAUUGUCCAAGAAAAAAAAAAGAAAAAAAAAAAGAGACCCUGGUGUAAAAAAAUACCAAAGCUAUAUAAGGUGAGGUGGGUCAUGUGUGGAAGAUGGGUGAUCAAGUGAACAUUUUUAUACAUUGCAUGCUAUUGGCAUGAACAGAGUAAUCACCAGCUGUUAAAAUUAUUUUA